AUGGCGAGUCGCAAAGAGAAGGAACGUUUGAAGCUGAUAAUCUUAUUAAUAUACGGCCUUUUCAAUACGUUCAAUAAGUGGACUCGUGUAUUGCUUCCUUUUAUGCAAUGGAGAUUGCAACCAAGACCAACUUUGUUCCAGUUACUUUUACUGAAUUCAUUCGGUAGUUGCAUCGUUUUGCUCGGCAGCUUCUUCAUUGCACAACUCGUAAGUUCGAAUUCUAUCGGAACACUCAUUCGAAACAUUGAUGGCUUGACAGUGAAUCUUGAGCACUGUUUUACUUCAAUAAAAAUCAAAUUGCAGAUUGACUCAAGAGGCUGUCGUUUCGCAGCAAUAUUUGUAACCAUUCUCGCAGGCACCUUUGAGUUGAUUGUUCCAUAUAUCAAAGACUUUUACCUAUUUGGAGUAGCACAAAUACUUCUGAUUGGAAACCAUCUGCCUAUGGUAGUUGAUGCAAUGACUGCACAGCUGAUCGGCGAAGAUGGCGACGACAAGGAACGAACGAACCUUAUCAUGCAACUUACAAUUCCAGAGAGUAUCGCUUAUGCAGUUGGACCCUACUUGGCGAUUCAGUUUCUGUACAUAAUUAAUGCAAGCAUCGAAACAUCACAAACGUUUUGUGGAUUCGCUCAUCUUGUUAUAGUUCUACCAAUUAUUUAUUGGUCAAUACCCGGAAAAAAAGGAGGGAACCGUUCAUACUUGCCCUCAUUAGGCUCAUACAAAGAAAUGUUGCAUGAUUCAAAACUGCGUUGGUCACUCCUCUUCUUGCUUAUGGUUGCGGCGCCAUUUUCGGCCUACGAUCAAGUGAUACGAACAAAACUUGCCUCUCAUAUAAUAUUCGAACCAACAGAUAUGGCUAAAAUGGCAUUCUUGUUGGGUUUAACUACAAUGAUCGGAAAUCUCUUUGUGCUACCGUUAUUACAAGCACGUAUGGGACCGAAAGCACUGUUGCAAUUAUCAAUGCUCCUUCUCAGUGCAUCAUUCCUCUAUUUGAGUCAAACUGAUAGCUACGCAUCCAUACUGCUUGGAAUGCCUUUUCAAGUAAUUGGAGUUUGUAUAGCAUUCGGUCAACUCUCAUCACAAAUAAUGGGUAAUGUUGGUCAUGCGAAUCUGGGUAAAGCAGCAGCGUUGAAUCGUGGUACACAAGUGGCAGCAACUUUAUUAACACCACUGUUUUCGGGUUAUUACAUUGAUGGCGAUGAAGCGCGCAUAUUAUGCUAUUUGAGUGCAUUCAUAAACGCAGCUGGAAUGAUUAUUGUACAUUUUUAUGGCACUUUUAUGCGCCAUCAUGUUCAUAAAUUACCUCUUCGGACACACGAUGACUAA